UCGAUCUUGGCUUUUACGGUGAACCUGUGAAAAUUGAGUUCCUGUGUAAUUUUGAUUCUAACUAGAUAAAAAAUACGCGUUAUCGCGUAUUUGUUUUCAAUAUAGUGUAAUUUACUAGUAAGUCACCCGUAAAACCGUAAAAAUGGGAAAUGAAAAUUCAAUUCCUAUGGAACUAUGUUCAAACUCUCGUGUUAACUGCAUUGAUUUUAAGGUGGAAAACUUCGACGCGGACGAGAUCCGGCGGCUGGGCAAGCGGUUCCGCAAGCUGGACCUGGACAACUCGGGCGCGCUGUCCAUCGACGAGUUCAUGUCGCUACCGGAGCUGCAGCAGAACCCGCUGGUGCAGCGCGUGAUCGAUAUCUUCGAUGCGGACGGUAAUGGCGAGGUGGACUUCAAGGAGUUCAUCCAGGGCGUGUCGCAGUUCAGCGUGAAGGGCGACAAGCUGUCCAAGCUGCGGUUCGCCUUCCGCAUCUACGAUAUGGACAACGACGGGUUCAUCUCAAAUGGGGAACUGUUUCAGGUAUUAAAAAUGAUGGUGGGCAACAACCUGAAGGACACUCAGCUGCAGCAGAUCGUGGACAAGACGAUCCUGUUCGCGGACAAGGACGAGGACGGCAAGAUCUCGUUCGAGGAGUUCUGCAACGUGGUGGGCAACACCGACAUACACAAGAAGAUGGUCGUCGAUGUCUAGGCGACCUACUUGCGCUUGCAAACCGCCACGGAUAUCAGAUACGCGUUCACUUUUGUGUUUCGAACGCGAAUCGAAUGUCAAAUGGAAUGGAAUUUGAAAAUGGAAUCGGAAAAAAAAAGACAAAAAUGUUUCGCGCGUAAUACGUACGGCGCAGUGAUUGGUUGCUCGCAAACAUGGCGUCCGCGUCGGUCGGUUUCGAUUUCAGUCUCACAUUUUGGCGCGGUAACUUUUAUUCGUGGUUCGAAGUGUUUUAAGUACUAUACUUAAUACUUAAUAGGUAUAAGGCGGGUUUUGCAAGUUCAAUCGGAAUGUAGCAGAUAUUCUUACUGUAUUUUACGGAUACGAGCGAGAAAACGUAAGGUUUUGUUUAACCGCUGGUUCGGUGACUUACUAUUCUAAAUAAAAAUCGGAUUCUAACUUAGAUACGUUUCCAAAUAGGCUAAAAGUGCAUUUUCUUAACAAAAAUAAAUAUUUGAUCAUUACUUAGCAUAACAUUAAUAAUACCUAGAACUAAGUAUACUUCAUCGUUCUAUAAUAUACAUAAUAUGGUAUUUGUAACAAUUUUUAAAUACAUUUGAUUGAUGAACUGUACAAAUGUCUGAUGGAUGAUCGCCCUUAUGAAUAUGCCUUAACACUUCAAAUAUGAUAAGUGAAACGUUUAAAUUGAUUUCCAAGUCCAUUAUCUUGCGUUUUCUCGCGAGUUAAGCAAGUUCUCGUUCGUCCUCAAAUCCUCUAUCGCUCUAGCUAGACACUUUUCUAAUUGCGCGUCUGUACAUACCUUUACUCGGGGCUGCCAUAUCUAUAAUACUUAUUUACACUCUCAAAUAUUUUAAAUGUAUUUCGGAAUUUUUAUUUUGAGAAUAGCAACAUUUAUUUAUUAUUUUAUUAUUAUACAUUAAAUUUUUUUAUUAGUUAGUGCAAUAAAAUAGCGCCGCGUGUUAUGGACGCGCAUAAUUUCUAACAUUAACUUAAUAUAAGACAUGCAUUAUUUACUUUACACUAGUUACAAAACAUUAAUUAAUGUAGUCGAAUCAUUUAUACGUUUUUUUUGUUGCGGUAAUUUAAUUGUAUUGUUAUUUAGUGUUUUAUAUUUAUUUAGGUGUCGGAUUGUACAUUAGUCGAUAGUCCUCGUCGAGGGUUGAAUGUCAUUAGAUGCGGCUCGGGAACUCCGUCUAGUGCUUUGUAAAAAUCAUGAAAAAAUAUAAAAUAGUGGACGACAUAUUCACAUAUACAGUAUAAUCCACUUAAAAAAAAAUUAUAAUUUUCAUUUCGUCGCACAAAAAAGCAAGUUUUAGACUUGGAGGUGGUUCAUAAGUUAAUUACGUCUUCUUA